AUGGCUACGUUUGCAAAGACGGGAUACCCGGCCGCAAAAUAUGCAGCACAUCGGCUCCCUCCUCCUCCUUCUCUUUUUAACACAGUUUUAGACUACCACCAUGGUCCACGUAAAUUAUGUGUCGAUUUAGGCACUGGCCAUGGCGUAGCUGCCCAUGGCUUAGCCAAUUUCUUUCCACUUGUCCUCGGUAUUGAUCCGUCAGAGGGGAUGCUACGCCAAGCGCAAUCACAGACCGCCUCUACAGAGUCAGGCCGUAUUGAAUACCAUCAAUCAGUCGCCGAGGACAUGUCCUUUAUCGAGUCUUGCACAGUGGAUUUGGUAUUAGCAGUACAGGCGGCGCACUGGUUCGAUCCCAGGCGAAUAUGGGAUGAACUGUACCGCAUUGUUCGCCCUGAGGGCACCGUUGCAUUCUGGAACUGGGGCCGGUAUUUUCUCAUUGGACGUCCAUGUGCAGACAGGGUCCUCAGGAUGUAUUCGGACGGCCCUGAACAUCUAGGUCCUUACUGGCCUCGGCCGGGGCACACCAUUUGGAAUGAGCGAAUGCGAGCCGUGGAAUGCGCCGAUUUAUCAAGAUGGGAGGACAUCGCCAGGCUGGAGUACGAGCCUUGUUUGGAAUCACUUGGAGCAGGAACCGGGCAUGGUGUGAAAAUGUUUGCUCGCUUGAAGCUCAGCGAACUGGAGUCAUUACUUCGAACAUGGAGCUCUGUGCAUGAAUGGAGUGUGGCCCAUCCAAGCGCCAUUCCAAAGGCCGAGGGCGGCAAUGGUGAUAUUAUUGACGCUCUUAUGGAGGAAAUGAUACACGUAGAAUCAGAUUGGAAAGAACAUGCGUCGCGGGAAGAUUGGCGGGAGAUUGCAGUUGAAGUUGAAACGCGAAGCAUCCUGCUCUUAGCAAGGAGAAGGGGUUAGAUAGUCACGAAAGAAUUACCUUUAGGUUUUGUGAACUCUAUAACAUAGCGUUAUAGCAGAUACCUUGGGCAGUACAUUUCUACACCCUUGACCGUGUGUGAUGGAGCCAUCAAAAUCAAUUCUUCCCCCGAAAAUCACGCGAGAUCUAGG